AAAUGUAUACAGGUUUGUAACAACAUGAGAGUGAGUAAAUGAUGGCCGAAUUUUAAUUUUUGGGUAAACUAUUCUUACAACUAUUAAAUGUUUAUUUUUAGUGGCAUCUAGUGGUGAGAUUGCAAAUUGCAAUCAAUCUCAAUUUCGAAACGCAAUAAGAAGCUAUGGCCAGAGGACAAACAUGUUGUUGUCGAAGACAAGACAAUGUAGGGAUGAAGUGCACUUUGUAGACCAGUGUUGGACAUUAAUCCUGGAGAGCCACAGUCCUGCCAAGCUGGAGCUAAACCUUGUAGGACAGUGGCCCUCCAGGACCAGGAAUGGCCACUCCUGGUUUAGAGCUACUAUGAAAACAUGACAGCAACUUUAAUGUAAGGCUGUGUAUAUGUAAUAAUAAUCAAUACAGUUCAUUAUGUAAGGUUUUAAUAAACCACUGAUAAAGUUAUGUGUAGGCCUAUUAUAUUGCAUUUCUGUCAAGAGAUCCUUCUAAAAGUUACACAAUAGGCCUUUAAAUUUAUGUCUAUUUUGAUUUGUCAGUGGAUAUUGCCACCCACAAUUAACAUCAUUAUAAACAGAAGUAUCGACAUGUUUCUGCAAGAAAAUAAAACGUAACUAUAUAAUCUUCUGAAACAGACCUGUCAACAUUUAUAGUGGUUUGAGGAAGUAUUAAAACAGUGUGUUAUUAUGUCAGUUCUACUGUGUUGUAAAAUAGAAUGGGAUUUCCCACCUGUUUUAUUGCUAACAUUGUGUUACUAUAGAAAACAACAGGUGGGAAAACACACAUAGCAACAGCAGUAAAGCAGAUUGAAAUCUUCAUAGUCAGAUCACAAUAAUGCAUCCUAACAAUUCAUAAACACUUUUCAAGUUUUAAAUAUGCAUAAUGUUAGACUAUAGCCAUAACAAUUAGCUUUGUAUAAAAAUAUAAGUCUGUAUGUAUGUCCUUAUUAAGAUGACAAAGUAAAGAUGUAUGAUAUUUGUAUGGUUAUAUUAUACUUUUGGGGUACAUGUGUUUCAGGUGUACAACAAUGUUAUGUGGACAAUGUUUUUCUCACAAUCUAGGAAAACUUCUUGACAUUUACUACAAUGUGAGAACACCACUACGGUUCCCACAAUUCAAACAGCUGAAUAAACAUUACUAAAUGAUGUGUACUGUAACUAAAAUGUGUAAAGAUCCUAACAUGAUUCUGUGCGGGUUAGGUUUACUGGUAUAGAUUGAAUUAGCUCACUAAAAUCAGAGUUGAUGGAAAGUUCUUGUAAUGAUAAUACCAACAUAUGUGUGUUGUGUGUGAAUGGGGGUGAUGAAACCUCAUUGGCUUGGCAAGAUCUGCUUCCUUAAAGAGUCUGAAGAUGCCAUUUGGGGAGCCUAUAUAAACCCAUCUAAUGUUAUAGCUUCACACUUGUUCUUUGUAAACUCCUGUGAACGUCCUGUUGCAAGCUGAAAGGUGACAUCUCACCCCUCCUCCACCUACAGGAGUCUUCACCCUGACCAGGGUCAUCACAAAGAAACGGCAAGAUGUCUGAGAAAAAGAUGACAUCCAGCCGUAGGCACCAUCUGAAGAGCUUGUUGCUUCAGAUUGCCCACGAUAUUUUAGAGGAAGAGGCAGCUCAGGCGGAGCAGGAAAAAGAGACAUACAUGCAGGAGAACUGCCCUGCACUUUCACUGCCUGGAAGCUCGCAAGAACUCCAGGAACUGUGUAAGAAGCUGCAUCAUCAGAUUGAUGUCAUUGAUGAACAAAGAUACGACAUGGAGAGCAAAGUGGCCAAAUCAAACAAGGAGAUUGAGGAUUUGAAGAUAAAGAUUCAAGACCUAAAGGGUAAAUUCAAGAAGCCCGUUCUGAAGAAAGUGCGCAUGUCUGCUGAUGCCAUGCUGCAGGCACUGCUGGGCUCGAAACACAAAGUGUCCCUGGACUUAAGAGCCAACCUUAAACAGGUCAAGAAAGAGGUUAAAGAGGAGGAGAAAGAGGCAGUGGGUGACUGGCGUAAGAACAUUGAGGAUAAGGCUGGUAUGGAUGGCAGAAAGAAGAUGUUUGAGUCCGAGGCCUAAAUCUCAACAAUUGCACAUUGGAUUUAUUUGGUUAAUGUAUGUGGUCUUCAGGGUUUUGAGGGAUAAAACAUGUCAAAUUCCUUCAUAUGAUGUAAUACUGUUAAAGAUGGUUUAUACUGGUAUGUAUGAGGGGGGUUUAAUGUAUGUGAGGGUUGGAUUUUGUAACUGAUGCUUUAAUAUCUAAAUUUAUCUAGUUUUGUUUUCCCAAAAUUAAAUAAUUAGAAUUACUACUAAAUUAUUGCAUAAUAUAUUGACAUAGAUCAGUAAAACCUAUUAAAAAAACUUAUUCUGAAAAACUAAGAAUUAUAAAAGGGAUUUGAUCAAAAGAAAUAAAUAACACAUGACUGUGAGUCAAAA